GUGAUAGAGGUGUUUCACUCUUCUUUCUCUACCAAGUACCAACGGUCUUUCAUUUUUUAUAUUUUUUUGGAAGAUCUUCCCACACAAAAUCAUGAAUCGUGACAUAUAUUUCGUUGACAAUUGAUGUAGUAGUUGUGCCCAAACGCCGCCUAGUAAUGCCUCGCACUUCCUAUUUAUACCAUUCAUUUCUUCCUUUCUGUUAACCAUCAACCAAAGAGAGCGAGGUAACCAAGGGAACCAAGGAACCAGGGAACCAAGGAACCAAGAAACCAGAGACAAUGAGCGGUGUUGGGAAGACGGUGUGCGUCACAGGCGCUUCUGGGUACAUCGCUUCAUGGCUUGUGAAGCUUCUGCUCGCCAAAGGAUACACUGUCAAAGCUUCUGUUCGCGACCCAAAUGAUCCAAAGAAGACUGAACACUUACUUUCUCUUGAUGGGGCCAAGGAAAGACUUCAUAUAUUCAAAGCAAACUUAUUGGAAGAAGGAUCAUUUGAUUCUCCAGUGGAUGGAUGUGAAGGUGUUUUCCAUACAGCAUCUCCAUUUUACCAUGCAGUCACUGACCCACAGGCUGAAUUAAUUGAUCCUGCAUUAAAGGGGACUCUAAAUGUUCUUCGAUCCUGUGCAAAAGCUUCAUCUGUUAAAAGAGUGGUUGUAACAUCCUCUGUAGCUGCAGUUUCAUACAAUCGAAAACCUCGUACUCCAGAUGUGGUAGUUGAUGACACUUGGUUUUCAGAUCCAGAGCUUUGCAAAGAGAUGAAGAUGUGGUAUGUACUUUCAAAGACCUUGGCUGAGGAGGCUGCCUGGAAAUUUGUAAAAGAGAAGGGGAUAGACAUGGUUACAAUAAAUCCGGCCAUGGUGAUUGGUCCUCUUUUACAGCCAACACUAAAUACAAGUGCUGAAGGAAUUCUGAACUUAAUAAAUGGAGCACAAACAUUUCCCAAUGCAACAUUUGGAUGGGUUAAUGUUAAAGAUGUUGCAAAUGCGCAUAUUCUGGCAUAUGAGGUUCCUUCAGCCAGUGGAAGAUAUGUUUUAGUUGAGAGAGUCGCUCAUUUUUCACAGGUUGUGAAAGCUUUGCAUGAACUUUAUCCAACAUUGCACCUUCCAGAAAAGUGUGCUGAUGACAAGCCUUAUGUGCCAACCUACCAAGUUUCCAAGGAGAAAGCAAAUGGCUUGGGGAUAAAUUUUAUCCCUCUGGAGGAGAGCCUGAAGGAAACCGUCGAAAGCUUGAAGGAAAAAGGCUUUUUUAGUUCCUGAAGGCUUGUUCAAUAGAAGUCAUGCGAAUAAGACAGUGUGGACUUGACAAAAUCAAGUUGCUUUAUGAUUCAUCUUCGAGUGUUUACGGUAUCUGAAUCACUAUAUUGUUUGAAAGACUACUAAAAAUAUUCAGUGUCUUCUAUGUUCAGUUUUUGACUUUUCAUAGUUAAAUAUAAAGUUUCAGAACAUGUGGAUCCGGUA